AUGCCAGAGAAGUAUCUGAUUCAUAGGCGUUUUCUCGUAGAGGAUAUACAGGAGGGCAAUAUUGACGAGAUCCGCGAAAAGUUCAAGGAGAAAGCAACUGUCGACAAUUUGGAGAGUUGGGAGUCCAAGGAAGAAAUGGAAAAUUAUAACGCGUCGAUGUUCAUAACUAAAGCCCGUUACUACUUCUCACAAACCUCCCCAGACCUAGUUCAGUCCGCCGAAAAAUUAUGGUUUGCUGCCGUUUACGCAGUCAAAAAAUUAUAUCUGACUUCUGGAGGUGUAAACUUGAAAUCGCACAACUCCCUGAAAUUCUUUGUCCGGUUUGCAUUAAAACAUGCAUCUCUAUCUGACAAUUUGUUUUGGCACUUGCAUGACAGCUGGACAAAAGCAGAAAAGAUGCACCGAGACGUCUAUGAAUCUUCCAAUUACUGCGCGAGGGACUACGCCCAGAUAAUCAGCGAUGUUGAGACGUCUGCGAGGGAGUUGCUUUUGAUGGCAAAAGCCUUUGGAUCGAAUUCGAAAGAGCUUUUAUUUCCGGAGGCGAUCCAGAAGUUGUAA